UUCUUUAAUAUUGGGCUUGACUUGAGCUUGACUCAAAUCUGAACAUUUCUUUGAUUUGACAAAACUGAACAUGAUUUCAUUAUUUAUAAGUCUAGCAUGCACUGUUUCUUACAUUGAGUUCUCAUAAUUAAAUUGAUACCCCCCAUGGAGAAAACUCGCUUCCUCUUUUCUAUUGCAGUGUUAGUGGUGCACUAUCAUAUGACUUGCACAGCUAAGACUCUGAUCAACAUCACCACUGAUCAAUCUGCUCUUUUUGCCUUGAAAGCCAACAUAAAAUCCGACCCUCAUGACAUCUUGGCUAAGAACUGGUCGGCAGCAACCUCGGUUUGUGAUUGGGCCGGAGUCAAAUGUGGUGCUCGCCACCAGAGAGUCAGAGCCUUGAAUAUUUCGAACAUGGCUCUUCAAGGCACCAUCCCUCCCCACCUGGGUAACCUUUCAUUUUUGGUGUCACUUGACAUAAGUGGCAAUCGUUUCAGUGGUCAUCUACCAAAAGAGUUAGUAAAUUUGAGACGAUUGAAACUCAUGAAUUUGAAGUCCAACAACUUCAAUGGAGGGCUUCCGUCAUGGUUGAUUGCAUUAUCCCAGCUUGAGCACUUGCUUCUUGCUAACAACGGUUUUACAGGCUCCAUUCCAUCAACAAUCUUCAACAUCUCCUCACUGCAAAAUAUUGAUUUCUCAAUGAAUAGCCUAUCUGGGAAUCUUCCAAUGGAUAUGUGCAACCAUCUUCCAAAACUUGAACGCCUUAAUCUUUCAUUUAGUGAGUUGAAUGGCCAAAUUCCAUCAACUAUGCAUAAAUGCUCAGGGCUUCAAUUUUUGUCGCUGGAAAUGAGUAGGUUCACUGGCCCCAUUCCCCCGGAGAUUUGCAACUUAACUAUGCUUAAGGAGUUGUUUCUUGGUGUUAACUACUUGAAAGGUGAAAUUCCGCGGGAGAUAGGUAACCUUCAUAGUCUUGAAAAGUUAAAUAUGGUGCAAAACCACUUCACUGGCCUCAUACCUUCUUCUUUCUCUAAUAUCACUUCAUUGAAACAGCUUAAUCUUGGCAACAAUAGCUUGACAGGUGGAAUACCAAAAGAGAUUGGUGACCUUAAGUUAGAGCAAUUAUUAUUACAUUUCAAUUACUUAACAGGCCCCAUUCCAGCAGCAAUCUUCAACAUCUCAACACUACGAACUCAGUUCUCACUUUUGAAUAAUCAUCUUUCUGGCAAUCUUCCAUCAAAUAUAGGCCAUUCACUACCCAACCUUCAACGACUUAUUCUUCAGGAAAAUAACCUCACCGGAGUUAUUCCUCAUUCUAUUUCAAAUGCUUCCAAUCUCAUUACUUUAGCCCUUUCCGAAAACAUGUUCACUGGUUCAAUUCCUCACUCUCUUGGUAAAUUAGGCCGCCUAAAAAACCUGUACCUGUCAGAAAACAAUCUCGGCAGUGACUCUUCAUCUCCAGAGUUGAGCUUCCUCACUUCUUUGACAAACUGCAGGCAUUUAAAAAAUUUGUGGUUAGGUAAAAAUCCUUUAAAUGGCAAAUUUCCAAUUUCCAUUGGGAAUUUCUCCACUUCUCUUCAGUAUUUUGAGGCAACCAGUAGUGGAAUUAAGGGCAAUAUUCCGACAGGGAUUGGUAAUUUAAGCAACUUGGUAUUCUUGUACCUAUACGAGAAUGAAUUGACUGGGCUUAUACCAACAACGAUCAAAGAGUUAGGGAAGCUCCAACGGUUGUAUCUUGAUGACAACAGAAUACAGGGAUCCAUUCCAUUGGACCUCUGCCAUUUACUGAACCUGGGUGAAUUGGGUUUGAGUGGAAAUGGGUUGUUUGGUCCAGUGCCGGCAUGCUUAGGGAAUGUUACUUCGCUAAUCUAUCUGUUUCUAGAUUCCAACAGAUUAACUUCCACCAUACCUGCAACCCUUUGGAACCUCAAAAAUCUUUUGAUCUUAAGCUCGUCCUCUAAUUUUUUAAGUGGAUAUCUACCCUCGGAGAUUGGAAGUUUAAAGGUCGCUACCCAAAUUGAUCUAUCAAUGAAUCAAUUCACAGGUAACAUCCCUAGCACAAUUGGCGGCUUGCAAGAUUUAACCUAUUUUUCUUUGGCAAAUAAUAGGCUACAAGGACCUAUUCCUGACAUAUUUCGAAGCAUGGUAGGCUUGGAAUCCUUGGAUCUAUCUCAUAACAACCUUUCAGGUGUGAUUCCCCGGUCGUUAGAGACACUCAGAUAUCUUAAAUAUUUUAAUGUAUCUUUCAAUAGACUAAGAGGAGAAAUUCCCACUAGAGGACCAUUUGCAAACUUCACAAAUCAAUCCUUUAUGUUGAAUGAAGCUCUGUGUGGUGCCCCUUAG